CGCCUCUCCACCAACAACACUUCCAGCACCCGUCGCCCAAUAUGGCAGACAGAAUGGAAGGCGUAGUGACAAGCGGUGGCGUGCCGCACAUUGACGUGUCGAAAUACCCCGUGCCCGUGGAAACAAUCUACGUCAACAACCUCGAGGAGCGCGUCGGCAUCGAGACGAUGAAGGACGCCCUCACGCGCGUGUUCCAGUACUACGGGCCGAUCCUCGACAUCAUCGCCAAGAGCUCGUUGAAGCGCAAGGGCCAGGCGUUUGUCGUCUUCGACAGCGAGAAGAGCGCGCUCGAGGCUGUCGAGGAAAUGAACGGAUUCGAGCUGUACGGCAAGCCGGUCAAGGUCGCGCGCGCGAAGACGCACUCGGACGAGACGGUGAAGCGGAAGGCGGGCGACAUGUUCGAGGAGCACAAGCGGAAGCGGUUGAUGCUGAAGGACUUCAAGCGCGCAGAGGAAGACGCCAAAGCCGCGGCGCUGCCGGCGACGACGGAAGCGGCCAAGCCGCGGCCUGCCAAGUCCGGCGCCGCUGUGGUGCCGGACGAGUACGUGCGGCCCAACAAGACGCUGUUCCUGCAGAACAUCCCGCGCGACGUGGACGAGGAGGCGCUGUCGGACAUGUUCGAGCGGUUCGAGGGAUUCAAGGAGGUGCGUCUCGUGUCGGUGCGCGCGGUGGCGUUUGCCGAGUUCGAGAACGAGCAGUUUGCCAUUACGGCCAAGGAGGCGACGAGCGGGACGCUGGUGGGCAAGGAGGGCGUGCCGAUGAAGGUCACGUAUCAACGGCAGUAGGUCAAGUUACAGGUGCAUGCCAAGGCGUUGCGGUGUUUGGUACCUGGGUCAAGUUGCACGUUAUGCAGAGGCGUUGUGAUGUUGAUGAUAGUGGGUCAAACCAUGGGUGCUUGCCAAGGCGUUGUGAUGUCUGUGACAUCUGCAAAACGGUCGCGUUGUGACGUCUGUGAUCUCUGCAAAAAGGUCGCGUUGUGACGUCUGUGAUCUCUGCAAAACGGUCG